AUGUUAACAUUAAUCUCAAUUUGUACAUAUUUAUUUUAUGCUCAUAAAGACUCUUUGUUAAAUUUAGUGGGAUUAAAAAGUGAUGAAACUGAAAAUGAAAACAAGAACACUACAAAUGUUGAAACAAAAUUUAAAAAUGAAAAAAUUAGAAAAUCUUUAUCAGAUUCUGAUCUACAUAGAAAAAAAUUUAUCCUAAGAACAUAUAGUGACGUUGAUUUUAACAUAAAAUUUCAUAAAAGAAAUUUGCAUAAUAAAAUUAAACUUUAA